AGACAAAAAAUACUCUUUGCAAAUGUUAUUGUUGUGUUUGUUUGUCAUUCAAAUGAUUUAAAAAUUAGUCUUCAAAGUGUACCGCAACGCAGUAAAAAAUAUAGUUUUUGAUGAUGAAUGGCUUCAUUGCUGUUCAUUGUGGUAAAGCAUUAUCAUUGUGUUCUGAAAUUGAAUUUUGUGAUCUUCAUAAUGUCACUUAUAAUUUGUUUAAGGUGCUGGUUAUCACAGCGAAGCGUUGAAGAAAGACUAUCAAAAAAUAUGUUAUUUGGCUUGUAGAAAGGCAGUAGAGGCAUUAAAAAAUGGUGGCAAUGCUGUUGAUGCUGUUGAACAAGCUAUUAUAGAAUUGGAAAAUAGUCCACUGACCAAUGCUGGUUAUGGAUCUAAUUUGAGUUGGGAUGGAACUGUGGAGUGUGAUGCCUCUAUCAUGAAUGGACAAACUUUGCAUUUCGGAGCUUGCGGAGCAGUCUCCAAUGUUUGGAACCCCAUCAGUUUAGCUAAACAUCUUUGUAUGAAGCAAUGUGAAAACCUUUCACUAGGUCGGGUUCCCCCAUGUAUACUUACGGGACAAGGCGCUAGAUCUUGGGCUGAAAGAAUGGGUCUGGAAAUUGUGGAUGAAAGAAAAAUGAUAUCUGCUCGCGCAUUUCGUAAUUAUAAACACAGCAAAAGAAAAUUAAAACGAUAUUCACUUCAAAAUGAUAUCUCGUUUAGUCCUUUAGAUACCGUUGGUGCUAUAUGUGUAGAUUCUGGUGGAAUGGUAGCCUCGGGAGCCAGUUCUGGUGGCGUCUCUUUAAAACAUGAAGGGAGAGUUGGUCAAGCAGCUUCAUUUGGCAGUGGCGUGUGGGCAGUCAUGAGUAGAGAUGGCAAAAAUCCUUCAGUAGCAUCAUGUACAUCAGGAUGUGGAGAGCAUUUAAUACGAACACAAUUAGCAAAAAAUUCUGCAGAAAGUUUGUUAGAUUCCUCUCCUACCCUAGGACUAGAUAAAUGCUUGAAAGAAAAUUUUUUGAACUCUCCAUUUCUUUGGGAUGUCAGUGAAAGACUAGGUGGAACACUGGCACUGCGUUUUGACCCAGAUAAUGGUGAAGGUGAACUUCUUUGGGGUCAUACAACCAAAACUAUGUGUAUAGGAUACAUGUCCACAGAAAACGAAAGACCAAAGGUAAGGCCAGACACGUUUUAUUUUGUAUUCUUUAUGUCUCUACCCUUUUCUGUUUAUAAUGUUUAUAUAAUUUCAGUGUAUUCUAUCAUAUCUACCUACGAAAGUGGAACCAGGACAAAAAGCUGUGGUUUCUGGGACUCCAUUCAAAGUUCCCAUUCUACCUUGCCCUAUAAUCCACUGGGAAGUAAAGACUGACACAAAUUGUAAUGGAUCUCUUUAAUUCAUGUUUGCAAUAUUUUUUAUGAUAAGAAGUUGAUAUUUUAUGUUUGUAAUGAUUAAUGACUAAUAUGUAUAUUGUAAAUCUUCUCUCAAAGUCAUUUGUUAAGAUCAGUGUUUCUUAACCUCGGGACGCAACCCAAAACCCAAGUGAUUAAUUUAUUAAAACUAAUAUGUAAUCAAAUUAGUCAGUGUCUGGGUCUUCAAAUAUAGGUAUUUAUAUUUUGGGUCUUACGUCAAGAACUGCGGUUUUAAAUCAAUCUACUUAAAAAUUAAUAACGUAAGGUGUUAUUUACUUCUAUGUUACGAAUAAACCCAAUUUCUAUAAAAACAUGCAGUGUCAGUGUAACAUUGUUUA